AUUUUUGGCACCCACAGUUUCAGCCUCCACUUAAGCACAUCUCACUAGGGAGCUUAGUUUUUCUUCCUUAGCCCAUAACACAGAAACAAAGUCAAGAGUCAAGAGAUACAGAGAAAGAUAUGAAUCUGCUCACUGGUUUUCCUUGAUCUUCAUGUAUGUUCGUGGGUGGAUUUUAGUUUAAUUUUAGAAUCUUGGCUGAAGAGGGAGGGAAAGAUGUUUGGUCGGGCCACUUUAGCAAGAACAGGAAGUUUUAGGCCAGAAAAUCUUGGCCAAAAUGCAUUGGCCAUGAUUGGGAAUCUUUGCUUUACAAUAUUUGUCCUAGGAGUCCUGAUUUUCACCAUUAUUGCUGCUACAUAUGAGCCUGAGGACCCGCUUUUUCAUCCAUCAACAAAGAUCAACACAUUCCUUACAUCAACCUCAAAUGCCACGUUUAAAUCCGAUAAUACUGUAGUGAAAACCGGGGAGGAUUUCAUGGCCUCAAACCAGACUGCAUUUGCCACUUUUAUCAACAUUACGGAUGUAGAAACCCCCAAGGAUGGUGGUGCUGGUGGUGAUGGUACCGCUGAAAUAACUGCUGAGAAUUGUGCUGGUCCUAUAGACUGUAGGGAUCCAGAAGUGUUUCAUUUGAUGAUGAGAAAGGCAAUAGAGCAGUUUAAGGAUAUACAUUUUUAUAGGUUUGGGAAACCGGUUCCUGCCAAUAAUGAUAGUAGUUGUGACAUGGCCUGGCGAUUUAGGCCUAAGGAAGGGAAGACUGCUGCAUUUUACAAGGAUUACAGGCGGUUUGUGAUAGCUAGGUCAGAGAAUUGUACACUUAGUGUUGUGGGAAUUGGGGAUUACCAUACGGGUGUAAAUGCAAGGAAGAAGAAGAAGAAUCAGAAACCUGGAUUUGAAAAGACUCCUGCCCAGCAACAACAGGCAGUGAUGUUACCUGUUGUUGGGGAAACUGUGAAUGAUUCGCUUCCCGUGGUUGAGUCAGAGAAUUCAUUUAGUCGUGGCAAGUAUUUGAUUUACAAUGGUGGUGGUGAUAGAUGCAAGAGUAUGAAUCACUACUUGUGGAGUUUCUUGUGUGCAUUAGGUGAAGCACAGUAUCUAAAUCGAACUUUGAUUAUGGAUUUGACUAUUUGUUUGAAUUCCGUGUAUAGUUCUUCAAAUCAGGAUGAAGAAGGGAAAGAUUUCAGGUUUUAUUUUGAUUUUGAGCAUUUGAAGGAGGCAGCAUCAGUGUUGGACCAGGCUCAGUUUUGGGAGGACUGGGGUAAAUGGCAUAAAAAGGAUAAGCUGAGUCUUUAUCUUUUGGAGGAUUUUAGGGUCACCCCUAUGAAGCUUGCGGAGGUUAAAGACACCCUAAUCAUGAGGAAGUUUGGAUCAGUUGAACCAGAUAAUUACUGGUACAGAGUGUGUGAAGGAGAAACAGAGUCUGUUGUUCAACGGCCAUGGCAUUUGAUAUGGAAAUCGAGAAGGUUGAUGGAUAUUGUGUCAGCAAUGGCCUCGAGAUUGAAUUGGGAUUAUGAUGCAGUUCACAUUGAGAGAGGGGAUAAAGCAAUGAACAAGGAACUCUGGCCUAAUCUUGCAGCGGAUACUUCUCCUGAUGCACUGCUUUCAACCUUGGCUAACAAGAUUGAAGACGGGAGGAACAUCUACAUUGCAACGAAUGAACCUGACACUUCCUUCUUUGACCCUUUGAAGGACAAGUACACAACUCAUUUUCUUGAUGAGUACAAGGAUCUUUGGGAUGAGAACAGUGAGUGGUACUCGGAGACAACCAAACUUAACAAAGGUGUUCCAGUUGAAUUUGAUGGUUAUAUGAGGGUGUCUGUUGAUACAGAAGUAUUCUUGAGAGGGAAAAAGCAGAUUGAGACAUUCAAUGAUCUUACUAAUGAUUGCAAAGAUGGCAUAAACACCUGCAACACUGCUGCCAGUUAAUUCUAAUAUAGGAGAUUUGGAGCUUUUAUGUUGCUGCAUUGGGAUAGAAGCACGUGUACUUGUAGCCUUUGUUUUCGCUUUGAGGAACUGUUAGCAUUAUUUGUUAGUUUUGAUAGCAGUGUCAUGAAUUUUGUACUUGUAGAACAUUAUCCGCUAUUAUCAUCAGUGUUUCAUUACUUUGGUUUUUGAUUCA